CUUCCCAACUUACCUGCUGUGAGCUGUUCAUGGCUUUAACUAGUUGCGAACUGUCUGACUCAAAAAGAAGUACUUCGUGUCGAUUAGGGAAGAAAAAGGUAAGGGCUUCCCACAAAGCUAGGGUUUCUGCCAUUAAGGGGGAAGAGGCUCUUAUUUCUUUAGCAACUCCUCCCAACAACCUCCCUUCCGAAUCGCGGCUGAUGCAAGCUAUGGAAUUCUUCAGCGAACCAGUCCGCGUCGGGCUCUCCUCCAUAAAUCAGCGAAGCUUUCUUCUUCCGGCACAUGGUUUUCCUGCCUCCGCUCCUCACCCUUCGGAAGACAGGGACCUUUCGGAAGAGACGGCCCUCCGUCCUGCUCGCGUUCACUCCUUCCCGAAGUUUCUUCCUCUCCCGUUUCCUCUGCUGGAGUUCGGGUUUGCAGCACACCGUGCGGUCUCCUUGUCUCGUUUAGAAGCCCCAGAAUCAUUGGGGACAGCUCUCUUUGCUUGGAUCGACGGUUUCGUGAUCUUACGUUUGGCUUAUUCUUCAGUUCUUCCCCGCCAGGAUGAUCCCACCACCUAA